AUGGCAGAAGUAGAGUCACCACCGCCGCCUCCGCCACCGCAGUACCUAGAGGUUAACUGCAGAACCUCCGGCAAGAUCCUACGGUUCGCUCCGGGCACCGAUGCAGGAUUUGCGGUGGCGCUGAUAAAUCGGAAACGGAAAGGAACAGUUCCAUUGGUAACGCACAUAGAAGCUGUAAAAGAUGGUGAAGAAGAAGAAGCAAUCGCUUUUGGACCAAGCGCAAUUCUUUCCAAUUUUGGUGAAGGUUGGAAGCUUCAAACCGUUCUUUCUUCCGAACAAAUCAAAGGACCUAUUCAAGGAAUGGCAAAGCAAACAUUAAAACAUGCUUCAAAUGUCCCAGGUGGUGAAAGCCGAGAACCUAACCCAAUAGGCUCAGUAUAUAUUGUUAAAAUAAUACUUGCUUUUAUUUUGAUUUUUGUUCUUGGUGCAAUUUUUACUUUGUUUCUUGAUAAUCUUCCUGCGUUGAUAUUGUUUGUGCAGUCAUUUAUAUAA